GAGUCCGUUCCAGUUUUCAGAGGAGGCCAGUCCAGCGUCUCAAGCUGGACGGAGGAGAGACAAGCGGGGCCGAGGGCCCGGCCUUCGUGCUGCGACACAGAACUUCAAACCUCAUAGAACACACCACAGAUAGCCCGCCUACAAAUCCCAUGAGUCCCCGGGAGAAAGGAGACACGUCCACCUCAGGUUCUUCAACCAGUCACCUCAGUACCGCAGAGUGCCCCUCACACAAUGGGGCAAGACAGUGCUUCCAGUCCAAACCAUCCCAAGAGUUUUCAAGAAAAUUGGAGGGAUCAUGAGAUGACUAAUAUGAUAGAAGAGAUUCAAAAAUACACAAAUAAUGUCCCAGAGUUUGACAAGGAGAAAAGAAUAAAGGAAGAGGAUGACAGAGGAAGAGAAGGAGGAGAGGAGAAAGAACAGGAAGAGGAUGAGAGGAGCAGUGACGAAGGUUUCAUGGGAAUGACUCCGCUGCUGCAGGCUCACCAUGCCAUGGAGAGGAUGGAGGAGUUUGUCCACAAGGUGUGGGAAGGCCGGUGGCGUGUCAUACCUCACGACGUGCUCCCUGAUUGGCUGAAGGACAACGACUUCCUGCUUCACGGCCACAGGCCACCAAUGCCUUCGUUUCGCGCCUGCUUCAAGAGCAUCUUCAGAAUCCACACAGAGACGGGAAACAUCUGGACACACCUGCUUGGCUGUUUGUUUUUCCUCUGUCUGGGUCUGAUGUACAUGUUCAGGCCCAACAUGUCGUUUGUGGCUCCCGUCCAGGAGAAGGUGGUGAUCGGGAUGUUUUUCCUGGGAGCCAUCCUCUGCCUCUCCUUCUCCUGGCUCUUCCACACAGUCUACUGCCACUCUGAGGGCGUCUCCAGAGUCUUCUCCAAGUUGGACUACAGUGGGAUCGCCUUCCUGAUCAUGGGCUCAUUUGUCCCUUGGUUGUACUACUCCUUCUACUGCUCCCCUCAGCCUUGUUUCAUCUACCUGAUAGUGGUGUGUACACUAGGGCUUGCCGCCAUCACCGUCUCCCAGUGCGACUUCUUCGCUACACCGCAGUACCGAGGAGUCAGAGCAGGAGUGUUUGUGGGUUUGGGUCUGAGUGGUGUGGUUCCCACCCUGCACUUUGUCAUCAGCGAGGGUCUGAUCAAAGCGACAACCAUGGGUCAGAUGGGUUGGCUGCUGCUGAUGGCGAUGCUCUACAUCACCGGAGCCUGUCUGUACGCCGCUCGCAUCCCCGAGAGGUUCUUCCCUGGCAAGUGUGACAUCUGGUUCCACUCCCACCAGUUGUUCCACAUCUUGGUAGUUGCCGGGGCUUUUGUUCAUUUCCACGGUGUCUCCAACCUGCAAGAGUUUCGCUACACGGCAGGAGCGGGCUGCGCCGAGGAUGGCACUCUCUAACACACACACUAACUCAGUCACACACAUUUUACGGGGAGGCACUGGUUCUAAUGAUAUGCACAGAAUUACACACACACACACACACACACACACACACACACACACACACACACACACACACACACACACACACACACACUCCUUAAACAUGCACAUAAGACACAUGCUCUCCCCCUAAACUGAAGACCGAAGUGGCUUGACCGACGUGUUUCUGUGUGCGUGAUACACAGGAUAGCCUCCCAGGGGGCGCUAUUAAAACUGAUUGAGGAGAGAUUUUGUUCUCUCUCUCUCUCUCUCUCCCUCUGUCUGUCUGUCUGUCUGUCAAUCCCCACUUCCUCUGGCUCUCCUGCUUCAAAUAGAAAACCACUUCCAAGUUGACGUGUUUUAUAAACCAGUUUUUGAGACUCUACUCUUUCCAGGAAGUAUCUCCGUUUGUUGAGAAGGGGGGGCGAGCCAUUCAAAACCUCCCUUCAGUAAUUCUACAGUUUCUUGUUUCAGUUCUGACAUUUAAUGGUUUGAUUUGAAGAGGAAGCAUAAUUGUGGCUUUCAAAAAAAAAGACAUUAUGGGAAGUUUUUUGCUGAAUGCUGUUUUCCAAGUCACAUUUUAGAGCACUCGAGUAUGAAAAAAGAAAAAGAAUUGAGUGGAAAAUGUCUUUGGAUUUCUUCCAUGAUUGUUAAGGUUGCAG